AUUUAAUUAAUUAAUUAAUUUAAUGUUAUUUUUAAUUGCUUUCUCUUCGCCAAAAGGAUUACUAAUAUAUCAUAUAGGACUUGGUCUCUAUUUAGAAAAAUUCCAUUAGAGAUGCUCUCCUUGUGACAAUUGUCACAACUUAAAACCCCCCCUUUCUUUGUCUCCUUCUUCUUGGGCUCUCUCUCUCUCUCUCUCUCUCUCUCUCUCUCUCUCUCUCUCUCUCUUAAACACACACAAUCUCCUUCUUUUUUCCCUCCCUUUACAACCAUAUAAAUAAAGCUACCAAUCCCUUCAUAACCAAAAAAACUACACACCAUUUCUCAAGUUUUCACCUUCAACUUGUUCUUCCAACUCUUUUUGCAAAAACAAGUAAGAAAAUCAUAUAAGAAUGAUAUACUCUUCUAGCCCACCUCUACUUGAUCACUAUGGAGCUCUUUUGAGACACUCAAAAACAACAACAACCACCUUGCAGAAAACUCAAGAGUGCAAUAAUGGCCACUACUUCAAUAAUGGAGUGGUCAUGGAAGAAUGCCAACUUCCAUUGAUAGACCUCAAUGGCUUAAAAAGUCAUGACAUGUGGGAGCAGGCAGAAUGUGUUAGAGCAAUCUCAAAAGCUUCAUCAGAAUGGGGUUUUUUCCAAGUAGUGAACCAUGGAAUAAGCCCUGAGUUAGUGAAGAGGAUGAGGGAACAUCAAAUGAAACUUUUUGAAGCACCCUUUGAACACAAAGCUUCUUCUAGGCUUUUGAAUAAUUCAUACAAGUGGGGGACACCAACUGCUACUCGUCCUAACCAGUUUUCUUGGUCCGAAGCUUUCCACAUUCCUCUCACUAAAAUUUCAGAUGAAUCUUGCUAUGGAGAGUUUAGCUCCUUAAGGGAAGUGACAGAAGAAUUUGCAUCAGCCAUGUCAAAUCUAGCAAGGUUGCUGGCUGGGAUUCUGGUGGAGAACUUGGGCCACCACAGACAAGUUUUGGAAGACAUUUGUGAGGAAAGCACAUGCUUUCUUCGCUUGAAUCACUACCCGGCUUGCCCAGUUUCUUCAGAUAUUUUUGGUCUGGUGCCACAUACUGACAGUGGCUUUCUCACAAUUCUUUGUCAAGAUCAAGUUGGUGGACUUCAGCUCAUGAAAGAUUCCAAAUGGGUAUCUGUAAAACCAAACCAAGAAGCUCUUAUUGUCAAUAUUGGAGAUCUCUUUCAGGCAUGGAGCAAUGAUGUGUACAAAAGUGUGGAGCACAGAGUAAUGGCUAGCAAGAUGGAAAGAUUCUCAGUAGCUUACUUCCUCUGCCCUUCAUAUGAUUCUUUGAUUGGGAGCUGCAGAGAGCCUUCAAUCUACAGAGACUUCACUUUUCGUGAGUACAGAAUGCAAGUCCAAGAAGAUGUUAAGAAGACCGGGCGCAAAGUAGGCCUUUCGAGGUUUCUUCUUCAUGAUCAAGAUCAAAGUAUGCAUACUAGAGUAAUGCAGAAGAGGCAGCUUUGAUAGUCUUGACAAGUCUGUUGCGCGCUUCUAUUGAACCGCAGCUGUCCUGCUGCAUCGAGUUCUUCAGAACCUCUCAACUCAGGCUGACCUGCUUCAAGACUUAGCCAUGGCUUCAGAAAUAUUUUCACUGGAAAAGCAAGAUAAUUAUAAUACUAUAGCAUACAUUAUGUAUAUUUAAAAAUCAAAGUACGUAUAUACUAUAUAGCUUAUGAAAGAGUUGUUCCUGAUUGUAAGAGUUGGAUAUAUAAUAAAAUAAUUUAUUAUUUCCUCA